AUGACAGUGUGGACUUCUAUUGAUAAAUUACAUACAUACAUUAACACUACACAAGGCAACACGGAGGUGGUAAUGGAUCCAGUAGGACCAUGGUCAGCAUAUGCUUCGUACAAUCGGCUAGCAGGAGUACAAGCUGGUGCUGCGAGUGGAGAUUUUCAUCACCAUCUGGCAAGCGGAGGAACUGGAUUAGGCAGCCAAUCUGUGCCUUCAACGACUAGCCAGAUAUUGCUUCAGGCAGCUCAUACUACGGCAUCGUUAGCGGGACAACUCGGCUCAUCUACUAGCUCUCCCUUCAACCCUGGUGGUUUCCUUUCUCCACCCACUGUGGGGUAUGAUGCAGUUUUCUCACCUUUAUUUCAUCAUGCCAACCCAAAACCGGCACAUUAUAGUUCAUCCCUACAGGCGCAGCACCGUCAAGUGAUUGCCCAAGCGCAGGCAGCGGUUGCCUCUAAACAAUCUUCAGUAGAAAGUGAAAUUUCCUCAUUAAGGGAAAAUUAUUCCCAUCAGACGCUAGCCGCACAAGGAACAUCGUUUUUUGAUCAACCGACAACACCUGGCAGUACGGCAGGUUUGAGUUGGCAAGGAAACAAUCAACUUCCCAGUCCAUUUGGAAUUCUACCUCAUGAAAGUGUUGUGCCCUCAUCGCCGAGUCCUGCCACAACAAAAGCAUCAGCGACAUAUGAAAACUUUAAUGCUCACUUUGCUGCGGCACAAACUCUCAACAAUCACCUCAACUCUCAAAUUUCCAGUGCCGGUAAACAAACAAACAGGUCGGGGUCACCCGCAACGGCGACUAAACAGCCGGCUUCAUCGACAUCAUCUUCAACUUUUUUUCAAUCUCCUUCAUCUUUUGGAAACCAGUCUGAUAAUUCGUACAGUUCAAGUGCAAAAAGUGGCCAACUCCCAUCACAGCAGGAUUAUGCUGGAAGUAAGUCAUAUUCAAGUUCUGCAAGUAAUGCUGUUCACUCCCAACAAUCUUGUAUAGUGUCAACUCCAUCAGUAACAUCCUCUCCUCCACAUCCCAGCAAGGAUUACCGUUCACCUCCUUCCACUUCUACCAGAUCGUCUGCCACUAUAUAUAAUUCACCUAAGAAUUCUUCCAGUGAAAAAAGCUCCCACACAUCAUCUAGUAGUAGUAGUGGUUUUGUAUCUCCCACAUCCAAACCUCCACAAAUACAAACGAAAGCACAAAGUAAAAUUUACCCCGAGUUAAGUUCAGAGCAAAGGAAAAUCUGUGACACAAAUGACAAAAUCCAACCCCAGUCUUCCCCUAUAAGUUACUCUAUUAUGGAUAGUCCUGGUAGAUUAAAUUUUACUUCCAGUACUGGAACCUCAUCUAAGACAAAUAGAAUUGGCAGUUCUCAAUAUAAUUCAACACAAAGUUCAAGUUUUAGGCAUUAUCAAAGUGGAAAUAAUGUAGAGUCAGAAUAUCAUGUGAGAGCUAAAAGUAGUUCUAGUACUGAUACUGGAUAUUCCAGCAGUAGUUCUCAAAAUGGACCUGAUUGUGGUGUUGUAGUUACUAGAAGGCAUAGUCCUUUGCAGACGGCCCCUCAAACCUCGCCUUUGGGUCACGGUUCUAGUCCAGCCUACCCAUUAUACCAUAGUCCUAUGAAUUCUAUCAACUCCCCCCAACAGCUUGGGGAUCAUUACAGCAAAGUGAAUAAUGCUGCUCCCAGGUCACCUUUAGAUGCUUCUGUCUCUCGACCACCCUCACAAAACAGCCAAGUGGCUUACCCUUCCGUCAUAACAAGAGCCUUAGGAAUUGAACAAAGUAAAUCUUAUAGUGAAAAUAGAUAUGAACGUAACCAAAAUCAGCCAACAACUCAAAGUUGUUGGGAAACAGAGAGGCAAUCCAACAGAAAAUUUAGUAGUGUUGGUAUGAGUAGGAGCAACAGUUCCAGUAGCUUCAACGGUUUAACUGAAAAUAAUACUCAUCCUGAAAAAUCCUCAUCUCAGUCCCAGAGUUCUAAUGAAAAAUUAUUAAGUUUGUCUGAAAGACAUCAUAAUUAUAUCGAGGGCAGUAGCGUAGCUUUACAAGAUCUCUCUAGUUGUCGCGGUGAUCCUAUGAGUAUAGUUAAGAAUCUUCAAAGUUUACAACAAAGUUGUCAAAUCCAAGAUAGUAAAAGUACUAAAAGUUUAACCCCAGUGUCCAACUUGCCGCCCGCAAGUAAAUCAAUAUCCAGACGAAAAAGUACUGAAAAAGUAGUCCCACAUACCAAUAUGAAUGACAUUUCCAAUGCCGUAAUGGCAGAUUAUUUAGCUAAUAGAAUACCACCACCCGCCCAUAGUUCUACGAGCCAGCAACAAAACGGUAGCUAUUUUGAUUUCGAGAGAUGGAACCUCCCGCCCCCUCCACCUAAAAUGUUUCCCGGAGCUUCAGCGUUCGGUUCCCAAGCCCCCCUACACGCCACUAACUUCAACCAGCACCAAGCCUUAGCCAUGCAGCACGGUCACACAUUAACCUAUUUUUCUCCCUUCCAUCUAGGCCACCAUCCCGAUUUCCAAUCCUCUGUGGAGUUAACACCUCUAUCAUCAUUUAGUGAAACUCCACCUUCGGCUUCCUCGUCAUCUUUUUCCACCCCAGAAACUCGUGAAGAGGAACAGCCCAAGGUGGUAGUACCUAAUAUAGAAGAAGAACUUGGUUUCCUUGCAGAACAACGCGCAAAUACUGCAUCGACGGUAGCACCCACUUCACAGCAGCAGAGCAUUAACAGUACUUCACAAGACGCUACUUCAAAAAUAAUGGAAAAAAAGUUCAAUGUUCCCGUUACGGGCCCCGGUUCGGGAUUCAUGGCUUCCUAUUUGAAAUUUUUACAAGGAGAGAGAGAUACCUCUCCUCCGCCGGCCGGGCGAGGCGCCAGGAAAUCUACAUGGUCGAGGAGCAACACGAACAGUGGCACGAACAAUAAGACGUAUCCCAACGACCAUAACAAAGGCCAGUGCGAGACGAACUCGUCGCAGAGCGCGAACGGCUCCAUGGCGACCAUAAACUCGGGCAUGGUUCUGAGCAACCAGGCGCACCCCUCGGCCGCGCUGCUGCCGCACGCCAAGGCCGUUGAGGCGGACGACUCGCGCUACUACGGUCUGAACAAAGACAGAAAGAGAAAGUACGACGGCUCGGAGGAGGGGGGCUUCGAGGACGAGGAGGCGCGCCGCCUCAACAAGCCCGUGCUGAACGUGCCCAGCACGCCGCUCAGCGACAAGGGCAAGAAGGGCCGGGCGGCGGGCGUGAGCAAGGCGCCGCCCUCGGCCCUGGUGGCGCCGCAGCCCGCCGCCCCCAAGAAGCCCCGCGCCGCCCCGCAGCCCGCGCCGCCGCCCCCGCCGCAGCAGCAGUACUAUUACCAACCGCAGCCCGAGGAAGGUGCGUUCAAUUUGUUAGAUUUCCACUUGAGAAGUAGAGCGCGAUGGUGA